CUCCCCUGAUCUGCCUGUCAGAGAGUGCAGGCUGGAGACUGUCUCUAUUGUGGACUGGAGUUUUGAGUUACUGUGUUUGCAUGCCUUAUCUCAGUACAGUGCAGGAGAGUGGCUGACACAAGUCAACUGCCCAGAGAACGCGUACUCACUUGAAGACUGGACGCAGGGGAGGGCUGUGUGACGCGACCUCCUGCAGUGCAAAGAAAGAACUCUGACUUGAACAAGACGUUCGUGAAAAACAAAAAACACACAACGUUAAAAAGCUGCAUUUGUAACUACAACGAAAGCUGAGACAGCAAAAAACCUCUCCAUAAAAGAGCCCGACUCCACUCUCCCCAGUGCCCAGGGUGUGAGCACAGACACAAAGAGGACAGAGAAGCCUUUCAUCAGACUGGAUGAUGGUCCCGUGCACAGAGCCAAGGCCUGAAUGCUGAACCAUACCGAAUCAGUCUGCCACCCUUCCAAUACCAGAGUCUCCAAGGGUCUGGACUGAUAAGAGGCAUUACUCAAUGAGCUCCAGCUCUCGCGACCCCCCCCUCAGACUGGAUGCCUCCCCCAGGUCUGUUAAUGAUCACACAGCCGGCAGGAAAGCAGCUAUAAAUCAUCCACUCAGACCCUCCUCGGCACCAUCUCCUUUCUCUCCCACCUGACUGUCCUGCACCUGAAGCUCUGCACAAUGGCUUUCAACGGGAAGUUUGAGCUGGAGACCCAUGAAAACUUCGAGCCCUUCAUGAAGGCUAUUGGCCUCACUGACGAGUUGAUCCAGAAAGGUAAGGACAUCAAGAGCGUCUCCGAGAUCGUCCAGGAUGGAAACUCCUUCAAGGUCACCGUGACGACGGGCAACAAGGUGCUGGUCAACGAAUUCACCAUUGGACAGGAGGCCGAGCUGGAGACCAUCACAGGGGAGAAGGUCAAGACGGUGGUGACGAUGGAGGGUAACAAGCUGAAAGUGUCGCUGAAGGGAAUCGAGUCUGUGACCGAAAUCUCUGGAGACAAGAUCAUCAAUACCAUGACCGUUGGAGGAAUUGUUUACAAGAGAAUCAGCAAGCGAGUUUAGAAUGACAGUAUUCUUUUUACGCCUGUAAUAUUUUGAAUUUGUUAAUAAAACGAUUGUUAUCUUG